CUCCAUUGACUUCUCCGUCCUGUUGGCUUCUGUGCUGUCGCAAGCGUUCCACCGAGGCCCUUGGGCACUCUCAUUACAUGCCACAGGCGGAGAAGCAGAGAUAAGAAAGAACGCAAGCGUUUCGAUUUGGCGAGAGAAGAUAUAAGGCAGGCGCGCGGAUAUGUGGCAGAGAAAAUAUCAUCAACCUUUCGUCCAUCACCUACCAUACCAUUUCGAUCAAGAGCGACAAGGCUCCACAGCCUGAUGCCCUCAACUUGCAGAUCUUGUCGAGGAGUUGGGCAGGUACGGACGCCAUGUACCUAUUGUAACAAGACUGGGCAAGUUCGACAGACGAAGAUGUGUCCGCAGUGUCGAGGAGCGUCAGGAGAAGUCGACUGCGGGGAGUGCAGAGGAAGAGGACGAUCGAUCCGAGUGGUGGUCUGCCAGAUAUGCGAGGGCUCCGGUCGGCGACCAAGCUACGGCACUUGCGUAGACUGCGACGGGAGUGGAACCACUUGAGGGACGACCGAGGCGGCGAACAGGGUCGCGCUUACGGCAAGCUUUGAUAUGCGACCUGUGUCAAGCACGAGCGAUUUGCUGAAAGAGAGCUAGCAUCGCUAGCCGCCGGUCAUGCAGCGUGGAUUUUUUUUCCUGGGUUGUUGAUUGACGCAGCUGCAUCGUGGUGGCCGCACAGGAGGUGUGCCGCGUUCCAAGCUGUCGAUCGAGCAGAUGCUAUCAGCCGCAACCGCAACCGAUACAACAAGAGCACACAAGUCCCCCGGAGUGCGAAGCCCUGGAGCACAGUACACUGGAAUUCUACGCCUAGCUCACAAAACCAGCGCACCGGAGCAGGCUUCUCUCGCAGCUUUAGCAUCCGGGCCUGAUCCGGACUGGCAAUCCGUCCCGGUCUUUACCACUGUGAGAGCUGCUGUCAUUGCAACACUUUCAUAUGUCAUUCAUCCGGCCUCGUGGCCGCUCAGAAGGUCGAUAUACGGUUCUGAGCGCCGCCAAGAUGCAACCGUCCGACCAAGCUCGUCAGCUGUCCUCACAGCCUGUCGUGAGAAGGCCAGGCGAAUGUCUCGCGUGAGCAUGGAUUGUCUGAUCACGAUGUGAUCUGUCGACUUGGCCUGCAGGCCGUUUCAUCAAGCAAGCUCGGCGAGGUCGAAUUCUUCCAUGCCGAUCGGAUUGAACGCACAAACAAUUGCUCCUCUCGCAAGCGCAGACAAUGUCGGUGGACCCAUGGCAAGUGCUUUCUUUUCUCGUUCGAUCGUCGCCUGCCUGAAAUGGAUGUCGAAGCGAAGUUCUUGCUGUUUUUUGGUUGUGAUCUGUACAAUACCGUUAGUGUGACAGAGUCGUUAAAGCGAUUUUCUUGUUUGUCUAGCUCAGUCAGCCUGAUAUAUACAGUUCACAGCGAAAGCUAUGAAGCAAGUAUCGAUAACGC